UGAAAAGAACCAAAGGCCAAGUAAUCACGGAAAAAGAAGUCCUAGUUGGGACAGCGGUCAGCAUCCUAAGAAGCGAGUACGUCGUGAUAGCCAGCGUGAUAAGUUUGAACACAAGAAACGUAAAACCACAGCAGAAUUGAAUGCAGAAUGUGAAGCUGAUAUAAGGUGAGAUGAAAUAAUGUAUCAUAAUCUAAGACAAAAGGCAACAUCACUUGGCGAGUAGAAUGUCAACUUGUGCAAAGGAGGCUAUCAGAUUUAUUGAAGAGUUUUCUAGAGUGUAAAUUUUACGGAUGCUGCGAACAUGCACGUGAACCUAAUGUUUGCGUGUCUGAAAUGAAUCAGAUGUCAGGAUUUUUUUGGCCAUCUCGCAUGGUAAUUUCGAGUGUAUAUUUUAUACAUUUAUUUAGACCUAACCAGGAGAAGCUGCGAGAAAUACAACUACAGUAUAGGCCUUCUAUUAGGGAGCGGUCACUAGAUAGCUUAAGAUCUACGACGUCGACGUCAGCUAGGACGCCAGGGCUAAGCAGAGGACUGGGACUAGGACGUCAUCGUGAAUAAGUCGAUAGCUCAAGUGUCUACGACGUCGAAUAUUUAGGCCGGCAAGCGGAAGUAAAUUGGUAUAGUUUUUGAAGUGUGCAUGUGUCUCUCUCAAUUUGCUCGUCGUUCACCAAACGUCGACAACCUCACAACACAAGAGUUUUACCGUCGUGGAUACAAGAGCACAACAAACGGUAAUGGAUUCACACGUCUCUUUUAAAUUCAUUUUCAAAAGGAUGUGAAUAUUUAUAGUUUAAAUGUCUACGUCGUGAAUCUUAGGUGGAAGUUUAUUUAUUUAGGACGACGUCCUAGUCCUCUGCUUAGCCCUGACGUCCUAGCUGACGUCGACGUCGUAGAUCUUAAGCUAUCUAGUAUUUAUGGGGGGGGGGGUGACACCGAAGAGAAAAGGGUUGGGUAAACAAAAUUUUGAGUAAGUAAAAGGUUGGGUAAAUGAAAAACAAAACAACCCAAGGGUUGGGUAAUAAAAAAAUAUUGUUACUUCCAAAGCAUGACUCACUCAAAUAUUGGAGACUGAAAAGCAAUAUCAACAGUGAUAUGUCAAUACAAUAUGUGAAUCAAUCAGAGCAUUUCUAUAAACUGUGAUCAGAGUCGCUAUCUUGACCAUUUUCCGAUUUGUUGGGAGACAAAUGAUGUCUCCAAAGAAACUACAUGUGCAGACAGUAUGAAACUUUAGACUGCAGAAACGUUAUCAAACUCAUGUCACAGAAGUGAUAAAGGACAUGUGUGACAACUGACUGGUAUCCUUUUCUUCGGUAAGUUUUUUUGCCAGGGGUGGGUAUUUAUUUUUUAAUUGAUAUUCGAGGUUGGGUUAUCAAAUGUUUUGACUUUUUAAUGAUUGGGUCAGCAAAAUUUUUCCCACGAAAAACAUUUCUCUUCGGUGCCACACUGCCACCCCCACCAUGAAUCUCUUCGGUGCCACCCCCACCAGGAAUCGAAGUGGAGUAUAUACACAUGAACGUUCGGUUAGAGCUCGACUAGACUCUGUACAUGCAGUAUAUGUAGCUCAGUUGGUUAUAGAGCGCUGCACCUGAAAGGCAGUGCCGCCGGUUCGAUUCCUGCCUGGGGGCCUAUAUAAACCCAUUGCACUGACGUCACAAAUUCUUAAAGUGUCCUCCAGAUGCUCCCUAACAAUAUCUGUCCGGGUACAACAACCACAUACAGUGCAAAAAUUAACCAUUUUAAUACAAAAUUAUUAUAAAGUUUUACAAAAGUUGCUUUGUUUAUAGAAGUUAUAUUAUGCAUAGAUUGCUAAUUUGUCCUCCAGAUGCACCGGCGCUGUGACGUCAUGUGCAAUGGGUCUAUAGUUGCCGCAUUUCUUGUAGCUUGUCCUUGUUAGAUCUAAAUAAAUGCCGUGUAAACAAGAUUUUACAGUUUACAAUAUGACCACAUUCGAUAACUAGAUUAUUGAAGUAGCCUACUAGAAGAUAACUGCAGAUGUAAAAAGAGAUAACUACUUUGUAGUAAGAAACGAAAGCGGACUUCAAUGCUACCCUUCCAAAAACAAUUACUGAAGUGCAAUGUGCAAGAUAGUCAGAUAGUGAGUUGUCGGUACAAAAUAGCUACGGAGUUUUCUUGUGUUGCUAAUCUUUACCUCCUUUGGUGCUGUGUAGGAAAGUGGAACCAGAUGCACAUCUCCUUCAAGCAAAGACUUUGAAACGAGAAGCAGAUAAAUUGGUAUGUACAUACAUUGUACUUUAUGUACAUACAUUGUACUUGGCAACAUACGUAAAAUAUGCAUGGUACUCUUAACAACAAUUGGAUAAAUAAAUUAUAAUUAUACUUUCAAUUUUAACCAGACGGACAAAGAAGCUAAAAGUCGAACUUAUGUCGAAGCCAUUAUUCGUUUUAUCUGCUGUGGAAAGGCACUUGAGGUGAGAUGUACAUGACAAAUGGUUUCUGCGCGACAUGCUUGUAUUUUUACCAUUUUGCAGGUUGCCAAAACUAAAUUUACAGGUGUCCCCGCGCACAUUGCAAGCGAGGCAAAUGAACUGAGAAGGCGUCGGUGGAAAAUGUUCAGAAAUUAGGCCUUGGAACGUCAAUUAGGGUUAUAGGAAUCCACGUAGUCGUAGGCCUUGAGUUUUUUAGAAAAGACACCUAUUAACUACGGGAGAAAAUGAUGCAAAUCUGACAACAGCGAGUAUAUGCAAACGGAUACUGGGAAAUUUCUAAUAUGCCAUUGCGCACAGGACCUUCUUCUAUCCUCAUGAGUGUUUAUAGGGAUUGGCCUUUUUAUAUUGCUAUCCAGUACAAAUGAAGGUAGUUAGGUAGUUGUAAAAUCAGGAUAUAAUUAAAAACAAACAAGCAUAUAUACUUAUGUAAACGUUUACGUUUCUUGUAUAUCCGCAGUCCGCACAUCUACAUGUCUUGCGCUCCUCCCCUUCAACAAUGGUCGGGGUUUUUUAAACUUCCUUGUUUCAAUUUGACCGAAUUUAUUUGUAUCCAUAGGAUAGAGAAGAUGGUGAACUUCGUGCUGGUCAGAUGUAUUCUGAGACAACUGAACUGCUAAGGUUAGUAAGUUCUUAUAAUUUUGUAAGCUAUGAGAGAUCUUUCAUUUGUCUACAGCACUGGAGUUACCAACAGAAAUGAAUAUCUUUUACAUUCAUCUCGUGCUUGCGACUUUCCUCUUCCAUUGAAGAGUCAUUUCAUCCAAUCACAGUGCUCGACAGUUUAUUUUAAUUAGAUGCGAGCUUGUGAGUUGGUUUUUGCGAUGAGAGGAAAAAGAGGCCAGUACACAGUAAAAAUUGCACAUAAAUUCCUUCAAUAGCAAUUAUGUAUAAAUCAAUGUACAGUAGUACAGUAGAUUAGGAAAACAAGCGAAGUCUCAGUUACCCGCGUAAUUAUCAAUUAUCAGAUGUGGUGGGAGGUCGAGGGACAAUAUACAUGAAAAAUACAGUUUGAGUUAAUGGCAAUGGCACUGCAAUAAGCAUGCAAUCUUUGAAUGCUUUUAUAUUAUCUCAACUUCGUGUUUUAAAUAUUUGACUCUAAUCUUCUAGAUUUAUCCUGAAACACGUUCUGGGUAAGACAGAGGACAAACGACUCUUAAUAUUGUGGUGAGUAUACUACUUUAUGUGUUGAUCUGGUACUGUACUUUUAAUGUGUAUGAUGUUUCCUUUGACUUGAAGUAUUCUUGUGUUGUAAUUUAUCUCGUGUUUUUCGCCAUAGCUUGCGAGUUCAAUCCUUACUACUGCACAAAUUGUAUCGGAUGAAAGGCAAACAAGCUGUUAGAAAUACACAGGUAACGUUUUUUAUUUAUGCUAUUUUUGUAAUGUAUUUGUGCUGUUUUCUUAUUUUCUAUUUUGUGUCGGCCUGUUGUUUGUUUGUUUGUUUGUUUGUUUGUUUGUUUGCUUGUUUGCUUGUUUGCUUGGUUGCUUGCUUGCUUGUUUGUUUGCUUGCUUGCUUGCUUGCUUGCUUGCUUGCUUGCUUGCUUGCUUGCUCGCUUGCUUGCUUGCUUGCUUGCUUGCUUGCUUGCUUGCUUGCUUUGCCUGUCUGUCCACAAUUCUCAAACGUUUUAUUUUUUGUUUUCAGACUUUAGCUGAACAUUUUAAGGUAAAGGAAGUUUUGCUCAUUCGAUUUUCUGCUAUUUAUCGACUCCUGUCCCACUGCAUGUUGCCAAAAAUUGAAGCUGUGGCUUGUUUGUUAUUUGUGAUGUCUCAUAUUUAAUAUUUAAUGUUUGUAGUUUUAUAUCGGUGUCUCAAAGAUAUUUCAUUGAACGUUACUGAUGCAAAAUAAUUUUUUCUCACUAUUCAGGCAACACACAAGAAUAGCAUGACGUCUCCUUACACAAGUAGUAGUACCACUAGUAACAAGUAAGUCAAUUCAUUAUUUAUAACUUGUAUUUAACAGUUAUUCUACGAACUCGAGUCGAAUAUGAGACUUUGCUUUUCGGAUAUUUUCAAUAUUUUUUCUAUUUUGUUUAUGAAAUCUUCGCUCUUUCGGCCGAUUAUUUUUUCAAAAAUAUAUAUUUUUAACCAUUUUCAAUUUUAAAAAUUCAUUUCCUAACCUGUAAACAAUUUGCGGGAGUUUUUUCAUUGUAUUUUUAAUCCUGUAAAGGCUAUAAAAAGCGAACAACUUGCCGUUUUCUCGUUCGCAAAACGUCGGAAAUUCAGUUUGAGCCGCCAUUUUGUUUUUCUCUGCUAGCUGGAUAUGAGCUAAUAUCCUGCUAGUAGAGAACCAAUCAGAUUGCAGAAUACCUCAUAUCCAGACCUUGCGUAUAUAAUAAUAUAUAUUAUCCCAAGGUGGAUAAGUAUCGGACCAUGGGAUCCCAUUUUAAGUUACCGGAAAAUAUUUGGAUGGGGGGGAAAGAAUGAAUGAAUGAAUGAAUGAAACAAGGAAAAUAGAUGGAUUGUAUUACAGUGCAGGUAUGAGGUCAACAGAGGCUUGGAAAGUGAGGGUGGUUAAGUUUAACAACUUAAAUAAUGUGUAUUAAACUUGACUCGAUAACCUAUGGCAUUUACGCUUCGUUCUCCUGUUCUUGCUAGUUACAGGCCGGAAUAUGGGCAGAAUUUUUUUUUGUUCUGCCACAGUGGUCACAGAAAGGAAUUAUUUUUCAAUUACUGUUAAUAUAACCCAUUGCCCUUCUGUAUAUUUAUUUUCUUCUGAGAGAUAAGAAUCUUGAGUCGUGAUAUGAUUUCUGAGACUCAAAGUUGUAAUCGAAAUGGUGAAAUUUUACAAUUAUCCAAAAUGCUCAAAAAGGUCAUAAAAUCUAAAAACAGAGUUGAAACCUAAGAACAACGUGUAUUUAUAUGAUGUGUUCAAUUUUCAGACAUGGUAGUACUCCAACACCUAUGUCCCCCACACCCUCGCCAGCCGGUAGUGUUGGCAGUAUAGGAAGCAAUGGGAGUAAUAGUAGUGGUGAGGGUAAUCACAGUCAAAAUGGACGUCAUGCAUCUACAGCAUCAGUGACGUCACCUGUCUCGGUCUCAAUCCCCCAGAAGAUACACACUGUGAUGGCGCAACAUGUGUCGAAUACAAGUAAACUAGUGAACAGUAUUGACUUGUGGGAUAGAGCUGAUAGUCUGACGUCAGAUUAUCAAGGUAAGAUACCUUUCCAUUGAACAAAAAUAUCAAUUUGAAAUGUUUGAAACUAUACCUGCUGAUAUUAGGAACAUAUGUGACUAUAAUUUAUUCUGUAACGUUAUUAGGGAUUAUAUUAGAAAACAAUACUUUUAAUCACAGAUUUUAAUCCGCAUUUUGUAUAAACAAUCUACAUAUAUAUAUAUAUAUAUAUAUAUAUAUGAUUUUGUACUUUUUAUACCUAAUUUGUACUGUAGAUAUUGUAGAUGAAGAGUCAUAUUUUCUAUGGAUAUGCUGCAAUAAAUUCAUUAUUAUUAUUAUUAUUAUUAUUAUUAUUAUUAUUAUGUUUGCAAUCUUCAACACAAAUCUCUUUUUAAUGCAUGGUUUAUCAAUGCACGACUGAAAAUUAAGAAAUAUUCUGUUUGUUUAAUAUCGAGGUAGCUGUCACUUUUUAAAACCUUUUAAUAAUCAACUGUUCUAUUUUUAUUAGAAUUUUUUACAACCGUGGAUUCCAUUUGCGGAGCCUUAACAUUUCACAGGUGAGAUCAUUUAAUAUUCUUAUUUACCGUGUCUGUAUGUUCAGUCAUUUUGAAGCCUAUAUUACUUGUAAACGCACAUUUAGUAUAGGUAAUCACACGGGAAGGAGUGCAAUUAAUGAUUAACACUACGAGUGAUAUUUGAAAAAUGUGCCAAAAUUGCACGAGCCGCCGAGGCGAGUGCAAUUUGGCACAUUUUUCAAAUAUCACGAGUAGUGUUAAUCAUUAAUUGCACGACUUGCCCGUGUGAUUAUUUAUUUAUUAUAUGCAUGACAAAAUCGCUUUCUUUAUAUUUCAACUGCAUUUUGUCAAGAGUUUUUAAUUCUUUUGUAAGCAAUUUGGUAUAAACAAACUUGGGAAAUGAUUAUAAACUCAUAAAGGCACAUAACUUAAACUAGAACACAAGAUUCAAACUCAAACAACAUAUUUUAGACUAAGAAAAUCUUUAUAAAUUGUAUUUCAAACUUACAUAGUCACGUUUCGCUGCAUCCCGCCAAGAUUACUUCUUAAGACUGUUUCCAGGUAUUUUCCACAGGCUCUUUUUGCCAUACAAUGUUUCUUAAACUCAUUUUUGUGCCAAAAUUCAGUUAAAUUCGUCCACAUUUGUUAGAAAUACUUAUCUAAAUUUCGCCGCCAUAUUGGAUUUUGUUGUUUUGAUUUCCCGCUCCCCCCAGCCAUUACGAAAAUCAUUAAUUGCACUCCUGGAGAGUGCAAUUAAUGAAAUAAUUGCACUCCUCUUAACCAAUCAGAUUGCAGUAAUUUUGUCAUGUAUAUAAUAAAUGUAUUAACCCAUUGAGUGGCAGCACUCUCCCCCUGACGAGUAAAAUCGUCCGGCGUUAGACAGAGUAAAGUAAUAAGGUAAGGCGCAUCUGGGCGCAUUGCCACUUAAAGGUUUAACAGGGUGCAUGGGCAGAUAGUGUGAUUAUCCCAUUGAGUGGCAGCACUCUCCCCCUGACGAGUAAAAUCGUCUGGCGUUAGACAGAGUAAACUAAUAAAGUAGGGCGCAUCUGGAUGCAUUGCCACUUAAAGGGUACUGCAUAAUGUCUUAUGGUGUGAAAUGCGACUUUUGAAAAUUUAGGUUUAUCUUUUAGAUAUUUUAUCUUCACAGUAGAUUUUCCAUUUAAAUAAUCUUUUUCUCCAUUUUUAGCUCAAUCCCACAUAUUGUAAGUUAUGUAAAGAAUAGCUUAUCGACUUUACACGAACACGGUAAAGGAACGUAA